AUGCAUGGAAUGACUGGGAAUCUCCAUUGAGUAUCAUCCAGACAAAAAUUCAAACAACUGACCAAAGCACUUUAGUGAACCUGAUUUUUACUUGCAACCUAUAACUUUGGGGAUUUAAUCUUGUCAUUGGGAACUGAUAUACAGUAACUGAACCUAUUAGAAGAUUUAUGAACACGAAUGGAAACCCAGAUGCCUGUUACAUCAAUGAGCCUACCCCCAUUGCAGAAUCUACCGCAAUGGCCUAGGGUUCAUACCCUGGAUAAAGCACGCUAUCCCAAGCCAUUCCUUAAAGAUCAAAUUCAGGUAUUGCCAGCCCCUCUUUCCCCAAAAGGUUUCAUGCAAGAUACGCUGAGUGUGGAUGGUACGCUGUCUACAGUAGACAUCGAUCCUCACCAAAGACAGCAGCAUCUUGAGAGAAGCAUUGAAUUCUUGAAGAGACAGCAAAGAGAUGUGCUUAGCAGUCUUCAUGAAGAGAUUGAUGCCCUUAAGAGAGAAAAUAAAGAGCUCCAUUUCAAAGUUAUUAUGAAUGGAACAGAAUCUCCUAACACAGAUUUAUCAGGCUCACCAUUAAAGUCAGAUGGCAGUAAAAGCGGUUCUCCCUCUCAUAAAAAAGACCAGAUGAGAACAGUAAAGGAACUUACAGCUGGGUUACAAGAAGCUAGGAACCUCAAUGCAUAUCUUCAGCAACGACUCAAAGAAACGCUAGAGAAAAGACCCCAGAGUCAAGAGACCGGUCAGCAAACCAGCCCCCAUCAUAGCGCUAUCUCACCCCUCUUACCGGUCAGUCUGAACCCUCUUCAGGUCCAGGCAGCAGGUGACCCUCACCCUAGGCCCCCAACGCUUGAAGAAUGUUCACAGAUCAUCAGGCAUAUGAAAGAUAGUCAUGAGCGACAGGGUCAAGAGUUGAAUAGAAUCAAGUCAGAUCUUAAAGACGUGCUGUAUUCACACAAGUGGACUCCAGAUGCAUAUCUCAUGGCUAAGGCAUACAUUGCUGAUGAACAGAAUGUAGCUGGGGAUGCAAAACUACCUAAAAUUGCUCUAAGGAAUCCAACAAGAAAAUUGCCAGAAGGUGCCUUCAGUGUGACACGGGACAGCUUCUCACUUCCUCCCCUCACACACACAAUGGGUAACCGAUAUUCAGACCGACAGAAACGUGUAGAAGCCGUCAAGCGGGCGCGUCAUCGCACAAAGGAUCACAGUUUAUGACGUCAUUCAGAUAUCAAUGCCUAAAUGGACUAGUUAGAACAAACAAUUUCUACACAAAUAGACGGCUGCUUGUGCACAUGUGAAUGCUGGCAUUUUAUUAAACGUUAUAAAGGAUUGAGGAGGAAGGAACACCUUUGACAAGUGAUGGCCGAAAACCAGAUGUCCUUGUCGUAAAAAUCAAUCAAUGACAAUAAUGCACUGAAAUCUAUCUACCUGCUAGUCAAAUUAUAUGCUGAAUAGAAUUAUGUGUAUACUGAGCGAGCUGGAUAAUAUAAUGUACAUGUAAAUAGAAAAGUGAUGAAAAGACUUUGUUGUAAUGUAUGUAAAUUUUAUAUACAGACAGAUAACUGUCUUUUUAUAUUUGUUUUUUUCUAGUUUUUUUUUCUAGAUUUUUCCUCUCUUUAUUUUACUCCAUCAUAUUUUUUUUUUCGCUUCAAGGAAGAUUCAAUCCACAAUUAGGAAGAACAAUAAAUUUGGUUUCUUCAUAAAAGCUGUAUGCCUUGAUCAUAUUGAGAGUCUUAUCACACAUAUGUGUUAUACUGGUACAUUUAUGUGCCGUUUGAAUAUAGUACAGACUUCUGUAUGAACUUUUUGAAAGAGGUAUUAAUGUAAAUUUGUCGUGAUAAUGUGUUUCAAAUAAUAUUCUUGCAAGAUUUUUUUUUUUAAAUAAUAAUCUUGCAACAAGGGACUUGUUAAUAUAACUGCCUUUUAUUCAUAUGAUACAUAUAUACGAUUGCACACUAUAGUACUAGAGUACUUGAAGGACGAAUUAUGCGUAUACAUAUAUGUAUAUAUUUAAAAAAAAUGCUCGAAAGUUAAAUGGUCAAAUUCAGAUUAUUUCCUCUAAAUUAUGAAUGGUUUUUAGGCCUGCGCAAAGUAUAAGCUAUUACAGUCAGAAGACACUAGUCCAGAUUCUUUCCAUUAGAGUUGACAUUGUUCAAAAUUAAGAUUUGCUCUGAUUUUUGUGCCUGACCUGUACAAAAACAUGUCAAUGGGAAGGCUGAUCAUGAUUUUAAUAGUAAGCAGUGACAGAUUUAAUCUUGUUACUUAUAUGGAAUUAUUGUGGUUUAGUGGUAACUGAUGACUCGUAUCGUUUAGUCUGAGAGGAGCAGGUUUAAAUCCCAUCAUUUCACUAGCUGCCUUUGGCAAGACAUUAAUCUACAUAUAUACCUCUCUCAACCCAGGUGUUACAUGGGUAUGUGGAAGGAAUAUGUAAACAGAUAUGUUUUUGGCUUGCAAUUUGUAGAGACUUUGACACUUCAGUGGUCCCCAGGGAGUGGAGAUUGUUUGUGCAUACAUCGUGUGCCGGUAAUUCAGAACCUGAUGAUUGGGUUGUCAAACUCUUAGAGACAUGGUUUUGCUGUAUUAGAUUAUUAACCAUGUUAUGAAAAUGGAAUAUUAUUAUUGAUGAUAAUAUUUAUAAUGUUUUAUCCCUUUCGAAUGUGAAGUACCGGUAUUAAACAUCUUGAUGGAACACUUAUCUCAUUUCAUCUUUACUUGUGUGAGGAUAUUUGAAAGUGACGAAGCAUAAAUUUCUUGAUUGAUGGUCAUUCAUGAUAUUCAUGUAAUUUUUUAGUGAUCUCAUUCUCAUCAUUAUAGGAAAGGAAAAUAUUGUUGAAAUGGCUUGUACAUGUAUGAUAUCUGCAUAUACUGUGUGCAUUUGCUUCAUCUGUGUUCCAUAAAUCCUGGUUUAAUUUAGUGGUAUUCCGUACGAUUCUGAGUAGUCAAAAUAUGACACAAAUCUUUCAACCUUGAUAUUUGGUUUUAUCAACAAUCUGUUCUGUAUUAAAACUGUUGAAAAUCGCCUUAGAAUGAUGUACUAUAAUCUUUUUCUUUUAAUUCAUUGCGCAGACCAGAAAUAACUAAUGUAACAUAACAUUACGCAUCUUUAAAAAAAAAGAUGUCAUCUUUGGCUACCCAUAGUUAAUCCAUAGAUUAAAACCCAGGUUUAAGUUAGCAUACAUUAAGGAAUCAAUCAUGCGACUGUCGCAUCAGGGAAAUUAAGAAAGUAUUAUGAAGAUGUAUGUACCAUAUGUAUGGCAAGUAAUUUUAUCAAUUAAUCAUAUUUCUUAAUGUCAAUUUGGCUUACAACACAACAUGAAGAAAUAAGUUUAGUAAUAAAACAGUACAUGCAGGUAUUGGCCAAACAGUUGCAUCGUCAAGUGAUAUUCAAUUUUUUUUUUUUGUCAAUUCAGCUAGUAGUUUGGCUUGCUGAAUACAUGUGUCAAAAGCAGUUUAUAAUUGAUUUUCACUGAUAUAUUGAAGAUAUGACAUAAUGAUUCCUUUAUGGAUUUUCACUGACAACUGUUAUAAGCUACUAACAGAGGCCGUGGAACCGGGGGGGGGGGGGGGGCUGGGUGGCUUCAGCCCCCACUUUUUUCCAAAACCAUGUCCAAAAACAUAAAAAUUACCAUAUAAUUGUGAUUUUUUGCAGUCAGCCCCCGCCCACAUUGAAAACCGUUCCGCGGCCCCUUACUAAGAUUCUUGCUUCUGAUUUGAGAGUGAACUUGUCAGUUGAAUUCAGUGACAAGAUGCUUAAUGAAACUAUCCCUGUUUUUGCAGUAGAAGGAGCUAUAUAUGUGAUUGAUUAUGAUGAGGUUCAGUACCACAUUGGAGGUGGUUAUUAUUUAAUGUUUUGUAACUCCUAGCUGAAGGGAGGAGAUGGGUAAUUGUUGGGUUUGAAAAGAAUUGUACUCUCGGUGGUAAAUUGCUGAUUGGUUUAAAACCACUUUGUUUAAUAGUGCCUUAUCCCAUCUUGUCUACAACCAGUUCGUCUAAUAAUCAUAAUUUGACCCAAUUGUCACACAAUCUACUGGUCAUGCAGUCAAAUCUAAGUCACAUUUUGGCUUCACCUGUAUGUCUAAUUAAUGGUCUAAGUACACCACUUACAUGUAGUCUAUAUAAUCAGAUGAAGGAUUCGUGAAUGAAAUGUUCAUUUUACAGAAUAGACCAGGGGCCCUUAACACAAAGCUGUGCAAUCAUCGUAGAAGAAUAUCUUUACGAUUGAUUGCAUUGACCACAAUGUACAAUCGAUCAAUCGUGAAAAUCAAGUAUACAAUGGAUCAGCCUUUGUGUUACUGGACCCUGGAGUGUAUUUUAGAGCAACUUGGCUUUAUAGACUAAAUUAAAAUUAAACUAAGUGGGUAUUAGACCAAAUAGUUUGCCAAAUGGGAUUUGGUAUUUAGAAGACCAAGUGAAUAUUGACCAUAUCAGUAUGUAGCGCAGUUUGAACCCUCAAGUAAUAAUAUUUGAAAUACAAUCUCUCUCCUAUUAUUUACACUGUUUUUGGUUGAAAUAAAUUCCUUGUUGACUGAA